AUGGCGACAAUUGUGCCUCCGCCGUCUAAACGGCAGAAGCGGGAGGAGCUUGAGCGCUCUCAGAUUCAGCAGGAUGUCACAGCUAUUGCUGCGGGACCGGCUGGAUCCUUCAAGGCCCGGUUCUUGGAUGGAGAUGGCAACCAGAUGGCCGAUGUGAUUGAGGUGCCGCUCGCCGACGCUUCUGAGAAGAACCUGUCUCUCCUACUGAAUACUUUGCUUGCAAGGGAAAAGGAAGAAUUCCUCCCAUACCGAUUUCGAAUUCACAUCCCCGACUCCGACAUCAUUGUAGACCAAUACCCGACCGAUCUCCUCCAACUCCUCCGCAACCAUGGCAUCGAGAACCCUUUUGAAACGACAGUCACGCUCAGCGCCGAGCCACAGGCCGUGUUCAAGGUCCAGGCCGUCACGCGCAUGUCUCACCGGAUACCUGGCCAUGGCGAGGCGAUCCUGGCUGCGCAAUUCAGCCCCAAGAACAGCAACCGACUGGCGACAGGCUCCGGUGAUAAGACGGCGCGGAUAUGGGAUACUGAUACUGGAACACCCAAGUACACUCUCUCCGGGCAUAGUGGCUGGGUGUUGGCGGUUGCCUGGUCUGCGGAUGGUGCAAGACUUGCGACUGGAAGCAUGGACAAGUCCAUCCGUCUCUGGGACCCCGAGACAGGAAAGGCCGUAGGAGGCCCUCUGACAGGCCAUCAAAAGUGGGUGACCAACAUUGCCUGGGAGCCUUACCAUCUCUGGAGAGACGGGACGCCACGGAUUGCCAGCGCCAGCAAAGAUGCAACGGUUCGAAUCUGGGUUGUCAACACCGGCCGGACCGAGCAUGUGCUUUCAGGGCACAGGAGCAGCGUGAGCUGCGUCCGCUGGGGAGGAGAGGGCCUCAUUUACAGCGCUAGCCAUGACAAGACAGUUCGUGUAUGGAAUGCUGAGAAGGGAACUCUUGUUCACACCUUGUCAGCUCAUGCUCACUGGGUUAACCAUCUCGCGCUCUCAACCGACUUUGUUCUCAGGACUGGAUUCUACGAUCACACUCCUGUGCCAGAGACUGAAGAGGGCAAGCGAGCCAAGGCCAAGGAGAGGUUCGAGAAGGCGGCCAAGUUCCAGGGCAGAAUCGCGGAGCGGCUCGUCUCGGCUAGCGAUGAUUUCACCAUGUAUCUCUGGGAUCCAGCUCAGGGCACCAAGCCUGUGGCGCGCAUGCUUGGACACCAGAAGCAGGUGAACCAUGUCACCUUUUCCCCGGACGGCUCCCUCAUCGCCAGUGCUGGCUGGGAUAACCACACCAAGAUCUGGAGCGCUCGGGACGGCAAGUUCAUCAACACGCUCCGCGGACACGUGGCUCCCGUGUACCAGUGCGCGUUUUCAGCAGACUCGAGGCUUCUCGUGACGGCAUCCAAGGAUACAACGCUAAAGGUGUGGUCGAUGGCGUCUUGCAAGCUCGCCGUGGACCUGCCCGGCCACCAGGACGAGGUGUAUGCGGUCGACUGGGCGCCGGACGGCAAGAGGGUUGGCAGCGGAGGCAAAGACAAGGCCGUCCGGCUCUGGCGGAAUUAG